ACUCUAUCUAUACUUUCCUUCCAUCAGUUGCCGGUUCAGGGAAAGAAGAUACCCCAGAAAUAAUGCUGGGCAAUGCAAAUCUGCAUAUGAUAUCCUGGUAUGCGCCUCUUGUCCUCAAUCCCACUUGUGAUCCAGCUUUAUAAACGGGAAGACUUCGACGCUCCUUGCUCCCAAGUCGUCUCUCCUCGGCGAGCUCCAGUGCCAUUUCUUUUAAAACCUUUGGUCUGAGUAAGCACAGCUGCACAGGCAAAAAAAUAUUGCCCAACUCCUGCAGCUGCAUCUCCCGGUUAGUACGGUGUCCUGGUCUGUCGCCGUGCCGAUCGAUCUUGAAGUGCUGUCCUCCUCUCCUUGACCCUGAAAGUUGCGUACCCAUAUGUCAGCUGCAGAGGUACGGCAGCGUACGAGAUGCAUUGAUCAUUGCAGAGUCCGUAGUGGAAUGAGGGAGAGGUUGCUCCAACGAGGCUGAACUGCUGAAGAAGAUAUCGCCCUGAAGGACCAGAACCAGGGGCAAGCGAAAUGCCGUCGCUAAAGGACCUCUUUGAUGCUUCAGGGCCUACGUAUUUGACGUUUGUGAAUUGGAACUGCCCACACCACCGGCGCUCCGUCAUGGCGAGCCUUGUCCAGGGCGUGUACGUCCUCGAGCGCGACCGCCAGUGGAACCGGCAGGGCCCCGACGCCCGCGCGCCGGCGUGGUGGAGGUUCUUCCACUUCGAGCUGCGGCAGGUGCUCGUCGACGCCGCCGACGGCUCCAUCUUCGGCGCCGUCUACGCUUUCCAGCCGCCGUUCCACCUCAUGGACCCCACGGCCGCCGCCAGCGCCCCGUACUACGUCGCCGCCUUCCGCGGCACCAUCACCAAGAAGGGCUCGGCGAAGCGGGACCUGGAGCUGGACCUCCUGCUGGUCCGCAACGGGCUGGAAGGCAAGUCCCGCUUCCGCGUCGCCAUGCAGGCCAUCCACGACACCGUGGCCGUGGCGGCCGGGCAGCACUACCGCGUCUGGCUGGCGGGCCACUCGCUGGGGUCGGCGAUCACGACGCUGGCCGCCAAGACCCUGGCCAGGGCGGGCGCCGCCGUCCUGCCUACGUUCCUCUUCAACGCGCCGUUCGUGUCGGCGCCCGUGGAGCGGAUCGGGGACCGGCGGGUGAGGCAGGGCAUCCGCAUCGCCAACAGCUUCGUCACCGCGGGCGUGGCGGCGCUCCUGCAGGGGGGUGGCGGCGGCGUGCACGACGCGUCGUUCGCGGCGCUGGCGGCGUGGGUGCCGAACCUGUUCGUGAACCCGGCGGACCCCAUCAGCGCGGAGUACGUGGGGUACUUCGACCACCGCAGGAAGAUGGAGGCUAUCGGGGCCGGCGCAGUGGGGAGGCUGGCGACGAGGAACUCGGUCAAGGACCUGCUGCUCGGCAUCGGCAAGGGGGGCGGCGGGUGCGAGCCGCUGCACCUGUUCCCGUCGGCCGUGCUGACGGUGAACCGCGGGCCGUCGCCGGACUUCAAGACGGCGCACGGGAUCCACCAGUGGUGGCGGCCCGACCUGGCGCUGGAGUGCACCGCGCAUUACUACAGUUGAUCGUGACGAGCGUCCCGUUCGAGCUGGAGAUCCUACAGUCCAUGGAACUGCUUAACUGAAACAGAAACCGGAAGAUUUGGGUAGGGAGCCCUAAUUGGUACUCCCUGGAAUUGCAAUGUUUGCAAGUUUGCAUUGAUCAAGUGGCAAAUCUUUAGACUUAUCCGUGUGAUCCAUCGUUGGUGAGCUGCUGGGCCGCUGCUUCGUCGACCUCCGGGAUAGGGCGGACAUGAACAAACGUGCCCCCUCUAGUGAACAAAUUUACAAAUUGUGAAAGCACAUUUGGUAUCGACCGUAUGAUAGUGGAGUUAUAAAUAUAGUCUUAAGUCAUGGUAUAUAUAUAUUUUUAAAAAUAUAGUCUUAAGUCACGGUAUAUAUCUUUUAAAUGUAAGAUGACUGUGUGCAUCAUUAUAGAUUAUUUCUGCUAUUUUUUCCAAAACAUAGU